GGCAGCGGCCACUGGUACAGUGUGCUGGUGAUCAUCAUUGUGGACGGAUCGACGGAACUAUAGUGCCUGGGAACCAUGGGAAAGUUUGAGCUGGAAACGGCGCCACCGAGCGAGGAGCUGCUGGCGAUUGCCAAGCAGGAGCUGCGCGAAACGCCGGAAGUACGGGCGGCCGCCGUGGAGGAGCUGCGCAAGCUGGUGGAAGCGGCCACCGACCUGUGCUACCCGACCGAUGAGGAGUUCCUCAUCAUCUUCCUGCGCCCGACCAAGUUCUACGCCGAAAGUGCACUCAAGCUGAUGCGCAACAUUGCCGAGUUCAACAAGACGUACAAGGAAACGCUGUUCAACCUGAUGCCGGCCGAUGUGCAGAACGUGUUCAUCGAGCACAACAUUAUCAACAUUCUGACGAAUCGCGAUCAGCACGGCCGGCGCAUGAUGGUGGUCAACAUGGGCGAAACCUGGGACCCGAAGGCGGUGUCGGAGGAGCACAUCUUCCGCGUGCUGUACACGAUCCACAAGCUGGCGGUGCUCGAGCCGGCCACCCAGAUCAGCGGCGUCGUGGUGAUCUACGACUUUAAGGGCAUGGGCAUGAAGCACGUCCGUUCGAUGUCACCGGGCGGGGCCAAGCGGCUGCUCACGUUCAUCCAGGAGGCGAGCCCGCUGCGCGUCAAGGGCAUCCAUUUCAUCAACCAGCCGAUGCUGUUCAGCAUGGUGUGGUCGCUGUUCAAACCGUUCGUGCAGGAGAAGCUGAACAAGCGCAUGUUCUUCCACGGUGACAAGCUCUCGAAGCUGCACGAGCACGUCCACAAGGAGUGCCUACCGUCGAACUAUGGUGGCACCCUACCAGCCCUAGACUACGGUGGCAAGCAGUGGUACCCGGUUGCGGAACAGCAUCUCGACUUCAUCAAGAAAUGGAACUCGUGCGGCUUCAAGUAAGGCCGGAUAGCCCCCCAUACCCGACUGACCCAAAGAUUGACGUUGCCGAAAGUGCAUCUUUAUCAUGCCGAACUGCCCCCCUUCCUCCCCCCUCAGAUCCGAUGACCGUGACCAGCAAAAGAGAAGGCAGCAGCGAACACAACUCUAACGUCACUCUAAGCCGUUAUCAAUCGGUCGUUGUGCUCUCCGUGUAUAAGCGUCAAAUCGUUCAUCUCUCUCUGCCUCUCGGUCACUGCCUUUCUCUCUAACUCCCGGUCUGGGUUUGCUUAUCAUUCCUUCAUUCGGGGCGAGUGAUUUAUUUUUAGUUUCAAUUUUCCGCUGCUGGAAAGGAGAGCACAUGUAGGGUUGCGUAGGGUCAUUGCAGUCAUGGCAGGGAGGUUGGUAAGAGCACUGGUGACACUCGUAAGAGCAAGAAAAGACUCGAUUAUUUGCAUUACCCGGCCCAUGCUUCUGUUGUACCACAAACCAUUUCAUUUCGUGCCUGUUAUCAAUUGUUUUGGCGCAGAACUGUGCAUUGAAAAAUAAAUUAAAAUGUUGUUUAACGUUCUAAUUCA